ACAAACAGCAAAAGGGUGAAAAGGUCAUGGAAGUGAAAUUGCUCUCCUGCUUUGUGCUGGGAGGGGGCACCAGUUGAAGCGUGGAAGUGUCCUGCUCUGAGUCCCAUUCAUUGCCGGGAACACAAUGCACAAUGGGGCGAUAUGUGUGCUAAGUGCACCGCUCGUCUGUCGUAUGCCAUUAAAUGCUGCAAAUCCCUCCCCGUUCCUGCGCGGAAGAGCCUCCUUUUGCACAGCAGCCCCUCAGUAAAGAAGGAAUACUCCCUCCCACCGUAAUUUAGCAACGGGGAAAAAGAAUCGCAGAAAGAAGAGCCCAAUAUGUUGAGAAGUUGAAAGGAGGGGAGGGGGGGAGAAGGGGGCGUGGAAUUGCACUGAAUAAUCCCACAGGAAAUCUUAACCGGAGUCUCUCAGAAACUGCACCUUUUCCUUCCGACUGUGUCCCAACUCCCCUCCCCGCAAGCGGGAAAGAUACAUUUCGAAAACACAUAGGCCGUCCUACUGAGGCUGAAAGGUGGCCCGCAUAUUUACGCGGUGAGUCAGGAAUGCGGAGCUCCACACCGCCUCUCCCAUGAGUUGGGAAGGCUCUGUCUCUGUCUCUCUGGAGAGAGUAUUGUGCUGUAGCCCUGCUGCAGUACGGCUUGGAGUCUGCACACACACACACACACACACACCGGAGGAGAGAGCGAGAGAGACACACACACACACACAUACACAUAGAUACAACACAGGAGACACACACACAGGAGAGAUAGAUAGAACAGAUGAGAUACACGCAGGGGAGAGACACAUACAACAGAUACACAUAGAUAUACACACACGUAUGAGGCAGAGGAGAGAGACAUAGAUAAAGCAGAGCAGACACAGGAGAGAGAGACACACACACAUCCAUCCGAAGAUCCGGCUUUCCCCCCGCUCUGGACUCUUGCCGAAUUGCAUCUGCCCUUUCGUUUAUUUAAAAACCCGGUAGCUGCUUUGAGCAUGUAUGAAACGGAGAUGAAACUGAAGAUCAGAGUCAGACGGAUCAAAGAAGGAAGGGAAAUCCGAGGAGGAUUUGCUGCGUUUUCCUCCUGUUUCCCGGGCCUAUGUGAGGGCAAACCUACCGCUAUCCUGCCAAUGAGCAUCUCUCAGCCAUGUCUACCUGUUGCGAACAUCGGGCCUACUCGAAUCCUCCCACAUUUGUACCUGGGAUCGCAGAAAGACGUGCUAAAUAAGGACUUAAUGGUACAGAAUGGAAUCACAUAUGUUCUUAAUGCCAGCAACUCUUGUCCCAAGCCUGACUUCAUCUCAGAGAGUCACUUCAUGCGCAUUCCAGUCAAUGACAACUACUGCGAGAAGCUUUUACCCUGGUUGGAUGAAUCCAUUGUUUUUAUCGACAAAGCAAAGGUCUCCAACUGUCGAGUACUUGUCCACUGUUUGGCUGGGAUCUCUCGAUCAGCGACUGUUGCCAUUGCCUAUAUCAUGAAGACAAUGGGUCUGUCCUCGGAUGAUGCUUACAGGUUUGUCAAGGACCGAAGGCCAUCGAUUUCUCCCAACUUCAACUUCAUGGGCCAGCUGCUGGAGUACGAGAAGAACCUGAAGCUUCUGAAGGUGCGCUCGCUAAGCUCCCUGAAGCCUCAGGCGGACUGGCUGGAGGAGGACGUUGACAGAGAGGUGACCGACGUCUGCAGGGGCAUCUUGGAGAGGACGUGUCCCGCCUUCUCCACGCCGGAGCCCACGGGGCAAUGCGCAGAGAAGGAGGCGGGCCAGCAGUGCGGUGGUUCAGAGAGCGGCGGCGCCGCCGCCACCGAGUGCAGGAACGCCACCCACAUCAGCCUGCAGCAGGGCCUCAACGGGCUGCACCUGUCCAGCGAGCGGAUUCAGGACACCAACCGGCUCAAGCGCUCCUUCUCACUGGACAUCAAGUCUUCCUACUCGCCAAGUGCCAGCUUCAGUCCCGGCAAGGCCGCCACGCCCAUCGAUUCGGACGACAUCCCGAAGCUCUGCAAACUCGAGGUCAGGCUGGCCAGCCCCAGCACCGAGCAGCGCCCCCUGAGCCUGGAGAGCCCGGAUAAGCCGGCGGGCCCGGAGGUCGGCGCCGAGACCAAGGCCCGGCAGAGGCGCAAGCCCAAGCACGCCGGCGGCCUCUCGAACUCCUCCAGCCCGGCGGCGCACCCGCUGAGCUUGAACGUGACCCGGGCCGGCGUGCCCUGCCCGAUCCACAACGUGGAGGACAACCUGAAGCAGGCGCUGCUGCUGAACGUCCCGAGCGCCCAGCAGCUGGGGGGGGGUCGCUGGGCCAAGCACUCCGAGCCGCCGGCUCCCUCCUCGGCGGCCGCCGGCGUCAACGCGCCGUGGUACUACGGCGCAGACUCGCAGGUCGCCCACGUGCCAGGGGGCGUGACUCUCUUCAACGGCGCCGGCGGCGGCGGCGGUUGCCCCAGCUCGUACGCCCAGUUCGCGUGCAGCUCGGCGCCCAACGGCUGCGAACCACCGUACGGGGCAGUGCGGCUGCGCGAGAAACAGCCCGAGGCGAGGGACACGCGGCGCAGCUGGCACGAGGAGGGCGCCAUUGAGAAACAGUUCAAGCGGCGGAGCUGCCAGAUGGAGUUCGAGGACGGCAUGUCAGAGAGCAGGUCGAGGGAAGACCUGGGUAAGAUAGGGAAGCAGUCCAGCUUCUCCGGCAGCAUGGAAAUCAUCGAGGUGUCGUGACACCUCUGGGAAUGGGUGAAAGAGAGAGACUGUGGUUAUUUAUCGCCUGAUAGUUUGGAACCGCGGACCUGGUUAUUUUUGUUUCUUAAGAAAGAGGCGCGGCGUAUCUCCUCUGACACAGAAAGUGGGUUGACACUUCUCUUGAGACUUGUCUUGGAACAUUUUUAGAAAAAGCUAAUUUAUUUCUCCACACGCAUUCUGGCAAUGGUGAAAGACGAGGGAACUGGCCACCCCGUUUGAAGUUGUACAGUACGGUAUUUAAGUACUUCAAGCAAUACUCAAAGAAAGUCUGGUUUUAUCUUAUUAAUUAUAUAUAUUUUUUCUGUUUUAUGUUUUCCUUUGUUCUCGCAUCAAACCCUGGUCUGCUACCUGAGAAGGCCAGUUAUUGCACUUUGUUCUUCCUUGUCAGUGACUGAGCCAGUUGAAAUGUAGACUGCUACAGUAAAGGCUGGAAAAGUACCUUCUAUAUGAGAUAAUCUGUAUGAACUGAUUGCGAAUGGAUGCAGACAUUAAUAUGAUGUAAAUAGUGGUGUAUCUAUUAUUAUGGCUGAUUUAAAUGUUUUUGAAUAGUUUAAUGAUAUCCUGGCUGCUUGAUGCAAAUACCUCAGGUUUGAAUAAACAUAAUAAUUAAAAAAAGGCUUUUUCUUUCCCCCCCACCCCCACCCCCGCAACAGCCCCUUUCCCCUGUACUUGGGCUGCAACAAUACAAAAGAAAAGGGAAAAAAAAGAAUCGUCUCAGGUUUUUUAAAACUGACUGAUUUCUGGGGACUCUCGGGCAAGAGAGUCAGAGAUCAGUCUCGCUCAACUUCAGACCUGCUUAAUCGCUGAGUGCCAGUCUUGCAUGCCCACUGGCAGAAACAUAUGAUAAUGGUACAGCAGCUCGUGCCAAUAACCAUGUUUUAGACAAGCCUUGCUGGGGACCUCUCAGUAGCAGCGGCAUCCCAUUUUGUCCUUGAGAGCUGCAUGUUAUAUUCUUUCUUCUCUCUGCCUUGUUGCUUGUUCUUUAUCUAACCACCUUGGCGCCUGGACAGGAAAGCAGCUUAUUGUAAACACAAAAAGGGAACAGGUCAUUUCUGGUCCAGCCUGGCUGCAGGAGAAGCUGUUGACUUUACUAUGUGAUUUGCCUCUAGCCCAGCAAUGUGAGGCUGAAGCCUGGUGACUGCAUUGCAGAUGGAUUGAAAUCUUUCCUUCAAGUAAAGAACUGUUUCUGAUUAUUUUUAUCUGGCUUCGCUGCAAAAAAAAAGCAUCAAAGUUAUUUAUAUUUUGGGUUUUGAAAAGUUAACUAGCCGUGCUUUUAAUUUAAAUUGGCCAUCACGAUGGUGUUUUUACUGACAAGACCAGACCCUCUUGUUCAUUUCUAAAAGCUGCUGGUUUUGAUAGAGCCAAGUGGUUUGUGAGAUCAUUUCGGAGGCCAGUUGAGAACAAACCUCAUUUUCUAAGACUGGAGGAGUUACCGACUGGGCAAAGAAGGCAGGUUUCCUUCAAUAAAUACUUCAUUCAACCAACUAGAAUUACACGGCAGCUACACAAUCACUUUUUACCGGUCCCAGCUUUUUAAUUAUUUCCAAUAAAAUUUUUUAAAACUGAUUUUCAUUUCCUCAACAAUCAAGGUGGAAGUUAUGCUCCUGUUCUUUGAAAUGUCUUCCCUCACCAUCUCCCUUCUUGCCUUCAGAACCCAUCAACGGUCCUUCGCUUCGAUGGUGUCUUUCUUGCUUCUGAUGCCUCUCUCUCUUCAGAGUCUACCUUUUGACUCUUGUUCUGUCUUGUCUGCCCCUUCCCAGUAAGAUUUAUAGCAAUGUCAGUCUCACAACAAUCCCAUGGCAGACCUCUUAGCUCCUGAAAGAUUGAGGAAAAUGAUCACCAAUUUUUGAUUUGUCAUUGUGGGUAAAUGGGAUUGUUAUAUAACUUAACCCACCUUUCACUGGUUGAAUUUCUCCACAGAUGCUGCCAGUGUAACUCCUCCUAUUGUUCACCAGGCAAAUUCACAGGACACGUUUACCCCAAUCAAAAAUAAAUGACAAACUUAAAAUCUAUUUACAUAUCCACCAACGCAGGGAAACCCAUGAACCAGACAAUUCUGAGAUAUGGACUCUGUCCUCUCUUUGCAACCAUUACAGUUUGCCAGUUCUGAAUUUUGAAGUGAUCUCACAACACUGCCUGUACUCAGGCAAUGCAGUUGCAGAUCAUGAGCAUCAAGCUGGUCUUUGGCUGACUGACUGCUGCACUAUUUACUUGAAAGUUUUAUUUAAGAAAGGAGGGAGGGAUGGUACGAUGGCACAUGGUACUGCAGCGUGGUGACUGAUACAUAUGCAGAUUCCAUUCUAUUCAGUUCUCAAUCGGAAUUGCACUAAGUGGUAAAAUAAUCUAGAGGGAGGGAAACCACCAUGAAAGAAAAUUAUUCUCAACACCUCUUUAGUCAACCUAUUCAUCCCAACAAGAGCCAAUGCACGUUAUCCACAAUUAAUAAUCAAAAACACAAUAAUAGGAUUUGAGUGAGUCAUGAGUUUUAUGGCAUUGCAUUGUGGUAGUUGAGUAAAUGGGCUUAUUGUGGAAUCUGAGUUGGCACUCGUGCAGUUUAGAUCUUUUGUUCAAUCGAGGUGAUAACAGCACUUCCUCAGACCCAUGCUUAUCUAUAUUGUUAAGUUAAGGCAUUAUCAGAAAAAUGGAAGACUGACAUUUCAUAGGCGCUGUUGUGCAAUGUUCUUUCUUCUGUCAUUCUGCCUCUACAAUUAUGAUAGGACCUACCCGAGCAAAGUCUUUAAAAUUAGAUUUCCACGCACCUUAUUGUUCCCAUCUGAUUUACUGUUGGUCUUCAGGGCAAGUACAAAUGUGAGUGGACAAUUCAAUCCUCAGACCUGUUCCAGAAUUCAGUGAUAUCUUGGCUGAUCUGAAGCAAAGUUAAAAGUCAAUUCUUUUUUAUUGGGUUGUAUGUUGUUUGGUAAACUAUUAAGUUUUUUGGACUUUUUUUUGUACUUGCCCCUCUCUCUGCUUCACUUGGGAUGCUAUUAAUAAAAUGCAUCUCCAAUCUCAAAUAAGCCUCAAUAAAAAAACAUGUCCUGACUGUCUACCCUCUAACUAUAGGAUCAGGUCAGUUUGUUGAGUCCAGGACAAAUACAGGCAUUCCCUUACCAGGAACGCAGACGUAGAAUCAAGGUGGGAGAUGAGAGCUGUAGGUCUGUAAGUCCAGAAUCACUAGUUGGGAGACAUGCAGCACUGCAGGCAUUUUUGGAUAUUUAGUGCAAAAAAAUUGUUCUUUAACCUUCUACCGGGCUCCUUCAUGUUGCUUGCCCUUGUCAGAUCCUCACUGGAAUGUAAAUAAGGUUGUGGUGCAGGUCUAAUGUGAUCUAAUUGAAUGUUGGAACGGGUUUGAGAAGGUGAAUGACCUACUCCUAUUUCUGUAUUCCAAUCUGAGCAGGACCCAAGGUUGCCAUCUUUCAGAGCUCUUGCUAAUAGGCAUGCAUUGCGACUGGAAAAGUCAAAUGAGCUGAUGCAUAUCAUUACAUACUGUCCCUUGAAACCCAUGGAGAAAUCUACAAAUCCGUGGGCAGGACCAAGAUGCAAGGAGCACAAGUACCUUUUUCAUAGAUUUGGACCUGGAACUGAAUAGCCUCUAGUUCAAAUCAUCCCUAUUGUUUCAGAGUUGUGCAUGUAGGAUGUUAAAGAACAGUUAUCUUUUUCUCAAAAGAAUGACAGACCUCAAAAUAAUAGUUUAAAAUGACAAGUAGUGAAGUUUCUCUGUUAAUUAUUGAUAGGGUGUAAUUAUUUUCAUUAUGAAAAGGAAAGUGAGGAACUUAGAAUAUUUUCAUUUAAAAAUUCAGUGCAGUAUUGAGUUCAUUGCUACAAGUGAACACUGAAGGAGGCAGUCACAGUGGUGAAGAAGAGGAAUUAGAUAAACCUGUGAAAAAGCAAAUGAGAACGUUAAAUAAUUUAAGAGACAUAUUAAAUAGAAUGAGAUUGGAUUUCUGUUAUUUGGCCAAUUAGGUGCCCCUGAACUCUUCAUGCUAGAAUUUAUACAAGUGAUGUCUUGCAGUGGGGAUGGUGGGGGUGAAAGAAAACCCACAUGUUAUUGUUGUCAUGGUGACCCACAUCAUGAUAGUGUUUCAGCACAAUUUCCAAAAAAAAGAGAAACCAUAUUCUUUCAAUGGAGCUCCUUUUGGGAAUGUAUAUUCUUAUUGCCAGUCUGGGCAGUGUGCAGCCUUUUAUAACUAAUAACUUAAGAAUGAUUAUAAGAGAUUGCCUCCCAUCUAAUAUUUAUUUAUUUAACCCCUGGCCUGUGUGAGUUCUGUUCUGGAGUAAAACUCAUACAUUGGCACGUGCCACGCUUUUCAGCCCGGCCAUCUUAGCCUUGUAAGGGAGUGAGAAGUAUUAUUGAAAAGGAGCAUUUGUCAUACCCAUCAACAAGAUUGUUUGUCAUGAAUGAGUUGCCGAGAAAUUUUUCAAAAUUCUUCUUGCUAUUGGGAAAAAAGUUUUGAUUUAUAUAUUGCUGCCCUCAGUUCAAAGCCUUACCCUAACGGACUCCUCUCCCACUUACCCUGCUAUCCCUUGUCCCACUCCACUUUAUAAAUUUCUUGAACACUGUGUCCUGGCAACUUUUUCUUCCAACUACACUGGCUUGACUUUAGUAUUUCAAUUUCCUGUCAUAAUGAGCUAUGGCGAGAGAUGCAAAUCAAAAAUACAAAUCGUGUAGAUUAAAUAUUUAUUAUAAUGACAUUUGAUGCUUUCCUUUGGUCAUCCCUUUCUGUUUUAGUCUUGUUUCCACCCAAGCUUUUUAUGACUUUCUUUUCAGUCUGUUUGUUGUGUAUCGUAGCCUUUAUCCUGUGUGAUUGACGCAUCAUUUUGCUGGUCUUUUACAUUGUGAAGUAUUUGAUAUUGUUACCAAGUGUAAUGAAGAAAUUUCAAUUUCUGUUACUAGCUCUAUUUAUUGAAUGCUGUAUCAUGGUGCUUUUUUGUAUUUGAAAAGUGGUGUAAUAAAUAAAUGGAUAGACAUUUUAA